GAUGGCCCACGUAGGGGACGGUAAACGGACCCAAUGGCUCCCUGUCCUGGUGGUGUCUCUGAUGUACUCGGCCAGAGCAGAAUACUCCAACUGUGGGGAGAAUGAGUACUACAAUCAGACCACCGGGCUGUGCCAGGAGUGUCCGCAGUGCGGGCCAGGGGAGGAGCCCUACAUGUCCUGUGGCUACGGCACUAAAGAUGAAGAUUAUGACUGUGUCCCGUGCCCAGCCGAGAAGUUUUCCAAAGGAGGCUACCAGAUAUGCAGGCGCCACAAAGACUGUGAGGGCUUCUUCCGGGCCACCGUGCUGACGCCGGGGGACACGGAGAAUGACGCUGAGUGUGGGCCUUGUCUCCCUGGCUACUACAUGUUGGAAAAUAGACCCAGGAACAUCUAUGGUAUGGUCUGCUACUCCUGCCUCCUGGCCCCUCCCAACACCAAGGAAUGUGUGGGAGUCACUUCAGGGGUUUCUGCCCAUCUUCCCAGCACCUCCGGCAGCAGCACCCAGGCCCCUUUCCAGCACGCCCAUAAAGACCUCUCAGGCCAAGGGCACCUGGCCACUGCCCUGAUCAUCGCCAUGUCCACUAUCUUCAUCAUGGCCAUCGCCAUCGUCCUCAUCAUCAUGUUCUACAUCAUGAAGACAAAACCUGCCCAAGCCUGCUGUUCCAGCCACUCAGUGAAGAGUGUGGAAGCUCAAGUGAGCAAGGAAGAGGAGAAAAAAGAGACACAAGACAGCGUGGUGGUUUUCUCUGAGAAGGAUGAGUUCGAGAAGCUGACAGCAACUCCAGCCAAGACCACCAAGAGUGAGAAUGAUGCCUCGUCUGAGAACGAGCAGCUGCUGAGCCGGAGCAUGGACAGCGAUGAAGAGCCCGCCGUCGACAAGCAGGGCUCUCCAGAGCUGUGUUUACUAUCAUUAGUGCACUUGACACGGGAGAAGUCUGCCACCGUCACCAAAUCAACCGGGAUUCAAAGUCGAAGGAAAAAGAUAUUGGAUGUGUAUGCCAAUGUGUGUGGUGUUGUAGAAGGUCUCAGCCCCACGGAACUGCCAUUCGAUUGUCUUGAGAAGACCAGCCGCAUGCUCAGCUCCACGUACAGCUCUGAGAAGGCCAUCGUGAAGACGUGGCGCCACCUUGCCGAGAGCUUUGGACUGAAGAGGGACGAGAUUGGGGGCAUGACAGAUGGCAUGCAGCUCUUUGACCGCAUCAGCACGGCUGGUUACAGCAUCCCCGAGCUGCUCACGAAGCUGGUGCAAAUCGAGCGACUAGAUGCUGUGGAGUCCCUGUGUGCAGACAUACUGGAGUGGGUGGGGGUCGUGCAAUCGGUCCCCCAGCCACUCCCCACAUCGUGAAGGACAUGACUGUGAACUGUUCU